AUGAUGAAGUCCAUCCGGUUUCUUGCGUCCGCGCUGGCUCUUUGCUUGGUCGACGCCUAUCUGGUGACUCCUCCAGGAACACCUGCACCAGGGGCAGCGUCGGCUUGUAGCGCCUGGGUGCAGGCUUCAUACGGCCUGACAUGCGACAUAAUCCACCGUUUUUACGGCAUGACUGCGGCCGAAUUCGAGGAAUGGGUGAGCAAGUGUCCAGCUGCCCAGCUGUACCCUCUUAACUACAUAUGUACUGACUCGGCGAAGAACCCUAGCGUCAGUCAGCUUGGUGACGGCUGCACCCUGAUCUCAGGCCUCUACUACUGUGUGCAGGUCAAUUAUAUCACCCAGAGUCCAACAUGGACCCCGCCCACGACUACGACACGUUCCACCAGUAGCUCAGCCGGGAACGGCGUCACCACGCCGACUCCCACGCAGACCGGCAUGGUGAGCAGCUGCAACAGGUUCUAUCUGGUUGUCAGUGGCGACUCCUGCUACGACAUUGCAGCUGCUCAGGGAAUAUCUCUCGACAACUUUUACACCUGGAAUCCCGCAGUUGGGAGCUCCUGCGGCGGCCUGUGGCCUGACUAUUAUGUCUGCGUUGGUGUGAUAUCAGAUGGCACGACGACGACCACCACCACCACCACCACUCCUACUACUACUUCUACAACUACUACCACUGCAGGAAACGGGGUUACCACCCCUACACCAAUCCAGACAGGCAUGGUGACUAAUUGCAACAAGUUCUACCAGGUUGUUAGUGGAGAUGGCUGUUAUGACAUUGCCGCCGCAGCGGGGAUCGCGCUGAAUGACUUCUACACCUGGAACCCCGCAGUGGGCAACACUUGUGCUGGUCUUUGGCCUGAUUACUACGUCUGUGUGGGCAUCAUCGGCAGUUCAGGCACCACUACUACGAAGACUACUACUACAACGACCUCUGGCAAUGGGGUUGCCACUCCAACACCAACCCAGUCCGGCAUGGUAAGCAACUGCAAGAAGUUCUAUCUUGUUGUUAGUGGAGAUGGCUGUUAUGAUAUUGCUGCGGCAGCCGGGAUCGCGCUGAGUGACUUUUACGCCUGGAAUCCCGCCGUAGGGGACACUUGUGCUGGUCUCUGGCCUAAUUACUAUGUCUGCGUUGGUAUUUAG